AUGAAGUCGAUUUUCGCCAUCUUCGUUACCUUCAUCGGUGCAUCAGUUCUGGUCACCGCUGCGCCAGUCGAACCUCAAGACCCGGCCAUAGCUGAUGUGUCUCUCGAUCUCGUUGCCAGAUCGGCCAUGCACAAAAAAUGCGGUACCUACAGAAGAACAGGAUGCCAGUGGAAAGCAAGCUUUUCCCAUGGCGACAUCGCCGAAAACUACAGAGCAUGCAUGAGGCUGCAUGACUGCGAAUGUGCCUUCAUCGAAGAAGGAGAAUGUCUCUAUGACGGAUAGAUGUGGAGAAACUAUCGCAGGAACUGGGUGGACUUUGGAAUGUACCAAGAAAUCGUCAGCAAAUAUGAGG